AACAUGUUUGCCUCCGAUGCCAGCAUCACUGUUAAUCACAAUUAACAAAAAAAGGGGCUAUUGAGCCCGCUGAUCACCAUGACCGUACCUGGUUCGGUGACUGAUUGAAGUGCUUUACACGGUUGUUCAUGGAAAAAAAAAGGCACAGAAACUAGUCAGCAGGUCAACUAGUCAACACUAAUUAGCCACCUUUGUAAUGCAAACACAAUCAACUCCACUAAAUAAUUGCGAUAGCGAGUGAUCGAGCACCAACCCUCAUUAAACCGACUCCGCACACGUUGACGAAUCGGGGUCUCCCUUUCGUCCUUAGUGCAAAGUGCAUUCAAUCCUCAGACUCCACGCAAAAAGAUCAAUCGGAGAGCCACGGAGAAAUCGGUGAUCAUCGGUGCUACGCCGCGCAAAUGGCAUCGCCAACGAACGGAGCGCUUGAACGGUACAAGAGCGCCAUCACGACCGCCACGUCCGUCGUGGGCGCGGCCAUGCUGCUGCGCCGGCUCGUCGCCGACGUCCUCCCGGCCGGCACGCCGCCGCUGGUGGGCGCGCUGCUCCUCCUGCCGCCGCCCUCCGCCCGGCGCCACGCCGUGGUGAUCGAGGAGUUCGACGGCGCCUUGUACAACCGCGUCUUCCUCGCGGCCAGGGCGUACGUCUCCGCGCUCCUCGCCUCGGCGCCGGCCGCGACCGGCGCGCCGCGCGUGGUCAAGGCCAGCCUGCCGCGCGGCGCCGGCGCGGAGCAGAUCACGCUCGCCAUGCGCCCCGGCACGGCCGUCGUCGACGUGUUCCGCGGCGCUGAGCUCACGUGGCGCCUGAGCAGCCACGGCAGCAGCGGCGGCGCGGGGGGCGAGGCGUUCAGGCUCAGCUUCGACGGGGAGCACAGGGAAUUGGUGCUCGGCGCGUACCUGCCGUUCGUCAUGGCCCGCGUGGAGGCCAUGGCGCGGGACCGGAGGCAGGCGAAGCUGUACAGCAACGAGUGGGGGAAGUGGCGGCCCGUCAGUCUCCGCAACGCGUCCACGUUCGCGACGCUGGCCAUGGACGCGGCGCUGCGGCAGGACGUGCUGGAGGACCUGGACAGGUUCCUGGGCCAGAAGGAGUACUACGAGCGCACGGGGAGGGCGUGGAAGCGAGGCUACCUCGUCCACGGGCCGCCCGGGACCGGCAAGUCCAGCCUCGUGGCCGCGAUCUCCAACCACCUCCACUUCGACGUGUAUGACCUCGACCUCGGCGCCGUCCGGUCCAACACCGAGCUGAGGAAACUGCUGAUCCGGAUGAAGAACAGGUCUAUACUGCUGAUCGAGGAUGUCGACUGCGCGUCGGUAGCAGCGCAGAGGAGAGAAGCCGACGGAGGCUCCGAUGGGAGCAGCCCGGCGCCCAAGCAUCAAAAGGUCACCCUGUCCGGACUCCUGAACAUGGUGGACGGGCUCUGGUCGAGCAGCGGGCACGAGCGCAUCCUCAUCUUCACCACCAACCACGUGGACCGGCUGGACCCGGCGCUGAUCCGGCCGGGCCGGAUGGACAAGCACAUCCACAUGGGCUACUGCGGCUUCGGCGCGUUCAAGGAGCUCACGGCCAUCUACCACGGCGUCGUCGACGGCCACCCCCUGUUCCCGGAGAUCCAAGCGCUGCUGCGGGAGGUGGACGUGGCGCCCGCGGAGCUUGCGGAGAAGCUGCUGGCGACGGACGACGCCGACGCCGCGCUCGAGGUGGCCGCGAAGCUGCUCAGAGAUAGGAAGGCGGGGGUCGAGGAGGAUGGCGGCGGCGGGUACGUCAGACAGAAGCUGCACGUGGAGGCAAGCCGCCCCCGCCGCCGGUCAGUGCCGGCGCCGGUGCCUGGACGGGGCGUGGGUGCUGCGAGACGGGUGGUGUUUGGCCGAAGUGGAAUGCGCGGAAGGGGAAGGGGAGGACGGCGAUAGGACUCAACGCCUCAGCCUAGGUGCCAGUGCUAAGUUGAAGAAAAACGUUGAAAUGGUUGUGCUUAAAGUCUCGUGAGUGAGAUACUAGCAUGUCAGCGUAAUUGUUUUUUUUUUUCUUGUAUAUAACACCAGCACGUUUGAAUAGGACCAAGGACCCAUAUUGUUUUCUUUUGGGCCGGGGGAGAAGGAACAACGCACACGAAUGGACAUAUGAAUUUUAGUUUAGCA